AUGGCCGCCGCUCGUGUCCCGCUGUGGGCAGUCUGUGUGCUGCGGAUGGCGCUGGCCACAGUCUACUUCCAGGAGGACUUUCUAGAUGGAGAGCGCUGGAGGAACCGAUGGGUGCAGUCCACCAAUGACUCCCAAUUUGGGUAUUUUAGACUCUCGUCCGGGAAAUUUUAUGGUCAUAAAGAGAAAGACAAAGGUCUGCAGACCACUCAAAAUAGCCGAUUCUACGCCAUCUCUGCACGGUUCAAACCAUUUAGCAAUAAAGGGAAGACUCUGAUCAUUCAGUACACCGUGAAACAUGAGCAGAAGAUGGACUGUGGAGGGGGCUACAUUAAGCUCUUCCCUGCAGACGUGGAUCAGAAGAACCUGAAUGGAAAAUCCCAGUACUAUAUUAUGUUUGGACCCGAUAUUUGUGGAUUUGAUGUCAAGAAAGUUCAUGUUAUUUUACAUUUCAAGAAUCAGUAUCACUCAAACAAGAAAUCAAUCAGGUGUAAGGUUGAUGGCUUCACACACCUCUACACUCUGAUUUUAAGACCAGACCUCACUUACGAAGUGAAAAUUGAUGGUCAGUCGAUUGAAUCCGGCAGCAUAGAGUAUGACUGGCAGCUCACAUCACUGAAGAAAAUGGAGAAGGCUUCAGCAGAGUCUAAGGACUGGGACCAGGCUACAGAGGGCAAAUCCCAGGACUGGGAGAAGCACCUUCUGGAUGCCAGGGCCAGCAAGCCGAGUGACUGGAACAGCGAACUGGAUGGGGACUGGCAGGCGCCGAUGCUGCAGAAGCCUCCAUACCAAGAUGGCCUGAAACCAGAGGGCAUAGACAAAGAUGUUUGGCUCCAUCAGAAGAUGAAAAACACCAAUUAUUUGACGGAAUAUGACCUCUCAGAAUUUGAGAACAUUGGUGCCAUCGGACUGGAGCUUUGGCAGGUGAGAUCCGGAACCAUCUUCGAUAACUUCCUGAUCACAGAUGAUGAAGAGUACGCUGAGAAUUUUGGCAAGGCCACCUGGGGUGAAACCAAGGGCCCAGAAAGGGAGAUGGAUGCCAUACAGGCCAAGGAAGAAGAGAAGAAGGCCCGAGAGGAAGAUGAGGAUGAGCAGAUGAUGGGCAGGUUUGGUGGGAGAGAAAAUAUCUUCAAAGGAUUCCACAAGAGGAAUGAACUUUAA